UUGAUUAAACUAACCAUUGCUUUGGCUUUAGGUACAGAGGUUUUGUCUCUUUCAUCGACUUUCUCCAAUCCGCAGCCUCUCUCCCUCAAUUAUUUUCCUCUCGCUCUCCGCUUUUCUCCUAACCUUAUUUUUCUUUGUUUGUUUUCAACGCUAAAGAAAAAAAAACAAACCAACUCUCCCAAAAUUUCCCCAAAAUCCCACCGAUAAACCAGUAGAAUAGGCUAAUUGCAAAUUUGGGAGGUAAAAAACUGAAGUUUAAUCAUCUUUUUCAAGGACACUGACCAGAUUGCCUGAAAGAAUGUGUUAGUUUUAAUGGAGGAAUCCAUCAGCUAUUAUUUGCUUUACACCUGUUGAUGCUAUAAAUGAUUGCAAUUUGCAGCAGUAAACUGUCAUUCAGCCGUUGAUGGUCAUUUUGCAAUCUGAAAAUGUCAUGUGAAGAAGUUUUGAAGGUUGUUUUUCCUUUAUUAGAUGGCAUAGACCUUGCAGCUUGCAUGGCGGUCUGUAAGCAAUGGAGAAACAUAGCUAGAGAUGAUUACUUUUGGAAAUGUUUAUGUGCUAAGAGAUGGCCUUCCAUUUGCAAGCGGCCGAACCCUCCUACUGUAACCUACUACAAACUGUAUCAAGCCUUUUAUAAACGGAAACAUCGGCGAACUCUUCUCCCUCCAAGACUUUCCUUUGAUGAUCUGGAAUUCUUCAUUGACAUUUGGACUGAAGAUAAGUUGAUUUUCUCUGAAGUUGUUCCUGGCCCUGUCCUCCAAACUGGAAUCAAGAUCCCACCUACUGGAAUUUGUGACAUGCUUAAGUUUCAUCUUGAGGGUCCUGAGUACAAGAUGACCUUAGCUGUUGAGCCAAGGUUCAAUGUUCCUUGGAGCCAGACUGUGAGUGUUUCAGUGCUUGUGGGGCGGAAGGACUCCAAUAAGGUUGCCUGCGUAAUUAAUAAAUCCCUGUUCGAUUAUAUAGAUCGUACAGCUUCUAGGGCCCUAGCUUUCGACUACCUCGACUUUUCUCCAAACUACCCCUUCAUUUCGGGAAUCCGGGCGUGGAUCUCUUUGCUUUUCAUGGAGGAUGGAAACGAUGGCAUCAUUGAUGUUUUUGGCAUUGAAAUGGAUUUUUGUGAUGCAGCCAGUUUCAAAGAAGAGGUGUUGUGGCUAUUAGACAUGCUUGAUUGGAAAUGAAUGGUGGAAGCUUCGUGGCCAGCACAGGAAGGAAAAUGAGCUAGAGAUGUAAUAAUAUGUUCAGCCUUUGUUGUGCUUUUCACUGGGGAUGCUCUCUACUGCAAAUGAUUCAAAUCCCUUGCUUCCUGGCCUCAAGUGACAUCAUUUUCUGGCAUGUUCAUAAGUUUCUUAUUCAUUGUAAUCAAUAAAUAUGAACAGUUCUUUUGUUUAACUUGUGCAUAUUCUAUGGCUAUCCCAUCAUCCAUUGGAAUUACAAAUAUCAGCUUGUGUUGUGAAGCCAUUGGGGACAGGUAUUGAAUAUGAUAUAGUAAUAUUUCUGCUUUAACUUCUA